CCCACCACUCGGCCCGCUGAAGUUCGGUCAUCACUACUCACUCGACAGAUGAUUGCCUUAUUUUAUCACUGAAAGUAAUGGUUUAAUCGCUGCUCUUCAAUUAUCUCUGCCUUGUUUUCAAGUCGUUUAACAAAAGAAGAAAUGGGUUUGGACGAAGAUUUUAACAAAGCCGUCGAAGACGUCAAGAAUCUUGAAAAUUCACCGAAGGAUGAAGACCUUCUCGAAGUGUACGCCUUAUACAAGCAGGCGACUGUUGGGGAUAUAAACACCGACAAGCCUGGUAUGUUUGAUUUCAAGGGCAAAGCUAAAUGGGAAGCCUGGAAUAAAAAAAAAGGCACAGAUCAGAACGAUGCGAAAUUGUCUUAUGUCGAGAAAGUUAAAUCUCUAAUCACAACAUAUGGCAUGAAAUGAAUAAGUGCAUGAAGUAAAAUUGGUGUUUAUUAAUUACUUUGUCAAUUGUUUUAUUUUUAUUGUUUUUCAUUAUUUGAAUUAAAUCAAUCACAAGUA